CUCGUAAAUAAAGAAUCCGUUUAAAACCGAAAAAUGGAAUUUCAAUGUGUAAUUUGCGAAAUGAAAUUUUCUGAAAAAUGUUUAUUUAUUCAUCAUCAAGCAAGUCAUGCAGAAGACAGACACGAGUGUCAAAGAUGUGGACAGGAGUUUUUCCGUUUACAAGAUUUACAACUACACGAGAAAACCCAACAUGAAGCAAGACUUUAUGUUUGUGAAAUAUGCAACGCUACAUUUGAACAACGAGAAACUUUAAUGAUUCACCAGAUAGUGCACCAGAUAGAGCAAUAUAAUCUGCAAAUAGAACAAGACAAAAAUAAGCAUGCGAGAAAACAACCACAUGGAUGUUUCAAUUGUAAACAAGUGUUUGAUAGUGAACUAGAAUUACCAAAGCACGGAGAAGAAAAACACAGAUUUGACACAUUUUAUUACCAAUGCAGAUAUUGUAAAAAAAUAUUUGCUGAUAGCGACACGUAUAAUUCGCAUCUUAGAGAACAUUCCUCACAUUCAGUCCUGCAGGAACAAUUAAUGCGUAAAGAGCCUUCUUUACCACAAAACUUUCCGGAACUGCAAACGAAACCAGGACCUUCUUCUUCACAAACCCUCCAGGAGCCAUCGACGCAAGCAAGUCCUUUAACACAAAUUGUGGAGGCACUAAGGACACAAACAAAACCAUCCUCAACACAAACCCUCCAGAAACGAAGAAUGCAUACUGGACCUUUAUCAACACAAUUUCUAAAAAAACUACGGGUGCAAACAGGACCGUCUUCAACACAAACCCUCCAGAUACCACAGAUUCUAGCAACACCUUCAACACAAAUUGUGCAGGCACCACGGAUGCAAGCAGGACCAUCCUCAACAGUAAUUCUUCAGAAACCACAAAUGCAAGACACACUUUCAACACAAAUUGUGCAGGCACCACAGACGCAAGCAGGACCAUUUUCAACACUACCCCUCCAGAAACCACAGAUGCACGCAACAUUUUCAUCACAGAUUUUGGAAGCACCACGGAUGCAAGCAGGACCGUCCUCAACACAAACCCUCCAGAAAUCAAAGAAACCGAGGAUGCAAGCAAAACCUCCUUUAACACAAACCCUGGACGAACCAAAGAUAGAAGCAGAAACAUCAUCCACACAAUCCUUAGAUAAACUAUCGAUGCCAGUAAAACCUUUGUUAAGUGCACUUCUUCAGGAAAUUUUGAAACAAGCAGGAUUUCAUAUUUCCACAAUACUGCAGAAAUUAUUUAUGAAAACGGGGUCCUCGUUAAUUGCAAUGCUGCAGGAACAAUUAAUGCAAACAAGUCCUUAUAAAAUAGAAACCCUGAUAAAAGCAGGGAUGCAAGCAGGACCUUUUAUUCAAAACUUGCAGGAAGAGCAAAGGCAAGAGGAAUCAACACAAACUCUGCAUAGCCUCCACGAUUCAGCUCAAACUUCGAACAAAGAAAAAAUUCAAGCAAGAUUUUACUCUACUGAAAUUUCGGAGAAAGAUAUGAUGCAAAUAUCAUCCUCAACUGAAUUCUCACAGGUAGUAGAACCGUUUACUGAAAUUCUGCCCAGUUUUCAUGAUUCUUUUUUAUUUUCUUCAACAAAAAUGUCUGAUAAAAAAGGGAAGCAAUUCCCACCUGCUCAAAUUCUUCCGGAGGACUGGACACAAGCAGGACCUCUCUUUACUAAUAUUUCGGAAAAAGGUGUGAUUCAAGAAGAAUCUUUUUCAAGUGAGACUUCGGAAAAAGUAUUGAUGCAUGCAGAGUCUUUAACAGAAACUGUUUCCAGUUUUCAUUAUUCGUCUUCAACUGAAACUUCGAAUAAAAAAGACAUGCAAGCAGGAUUUUCUACUCGAAUCAAUCAUGAUAAAGAAGUGGAAUCGGGCCCUUCUACUCAGUCUUUACCUUCUUUCUCUGUUUUUCUUGAACAAUCUCAAACGCAAACUCCGAGUGAAGAACAGAAAAAUUAAGGUUAAGACGAAUAGCUUUUUUAUUCUAUUUAAGUUUGAAAAGAAAACUCGACUAAAUGAUCAAUUGUAAAAAUAUAUAAAAAUAAGUUACUAGACAAUUUUGCUUUACAGUGAUUUACAAUGUAUUUUUU